AUGUCUUCUUGCUCGCUGUUUUCCAGGGCGGCUCGUCUGGGCCUGGCCCGUCAACCGCUCGCCGGCGUCAGGUACCGAGCUCUCUCAAGCUUCAAAGCUCCAACCAUCCUCAACGAACCUAACCACCACUAUGCCAAAGGCUCAGAGCAGAGACAGGGCCUGCAGUCCGCCCUGCAGUCCCUCAAGGCCUCCCUCCCAGUCCAGGUCCCAUACCACUUCCAGGAUUCGACGACUGCCACGGCCGACGUCCAGCGGAACCCAUCUGCCCACGCGGAGACGGUCGCCAAAUACUUCAACGCCACCGAAGCAGAUGUCUCCCGCAUGAUCGAGGACGCCCUCAAGGCAAAGCCAGAGUGGGAGUCGCUGCCCUUCGCUGACCGCGCGGCCGUCUUCCUCAAGGCCGCUGACCUGGUGGCGGGCAAGUACCGCUACGAGAUCAUGGCCGCUACCAUGCUCGGCCAGGGCAAGAAUGCCUGGCAGGCCGAGAUCGAUGCCGCCGCCGAGCUGGCAGACUUCCUCCGCUUCAACGUCCAGUACGCCGAGGAGCUGUAUGCCCAGCAGCCAGAGCACCACUCGCCCGGCGUCUGGAACCGCAGCGAGUACCGCCCGCUCGAAGGGUUCGUGUACGCCAUCUCGCCCUUCAACUUCACUGCCAUCGGCGGCAACCUGGCCGGUGCCCCUGCGCUGAUGGGCAACGUCGUCCUGUGGAAGCCCUCCCCGCACGCCGUCUACGCCAACUACCUGACCUACAAGAUCCUGCUCGAGGCCGGCCUGCCCAAGGACGUCAUCCAGUUCGUGCCCGGCGACGCCCAGAUGGUGACCAAGGUAGCUCUCGCCCACAAGGACUUUGCCGGCCUGCACUACACCGGCAGCACCGCCGUCUUCCGCGAGCUGUACGGCAAGAUCGGCCAGGGUAUCGCUGAGGGGACCUACCGCAGCUACCCCCGCGUCGUGGGUGAGACUGGCGGCAAGAACUUCCAUCUCGUGCACAAGUCCGCCGACAUCGAGAACGCGGCCAUCAACACCGUCCGGGGCGCCUUUGAGUUCCAGGGCCAGAAGUGCAGUGCAACGUCGCGCGCGUACGUGCCCCAGUCGCGAUGGGCCGAGUUCAAGCAGAUUCUCGUUCGCGAGACGGAGAAGCUCAAGAUGGGCCCACCCGAGGAGUUUGCCAACUUCAUCGGCCCCGUCAUCCACGAGGCUUCCUUCAACAAGCUCGCCGGCGUCAUCGAUGCCGCGAAGAAGGACUCCGAAGUGCAGAUCGUGACUGGCGGCAAGUACGACAAGAGCCAGGGCUACUACGUCCACCCAACCGUCUUCCAGGUGACCAACCCGGAGCACCAGGUGAUGCGCAACGAGUUCUUCGGCCCUGUGCUGGCCGUCUACGUCUACGACGACGCUCCCGCCAGCGCGUUCGGCGAUAUGUGCAAGCUCAUCGACCGCACGACCGACUACGGGCUAACGGGCGCCGUCUUCGCGCAGGACCGCACCGUGCUCCGAUUCGCCGAGGACGCGCUGCGCAACUCGGCCGGCAACUUCUACCUCAACGUCAAGAGCACCGGCGCCGUGGUUGGCCAGCAGGCCUUUGGCGGCGCCCGCGCCAGCGGCACCAACGACAAGGCCGGCAGCUCCAACCUGCUCACCCGCUUCGUCAACAUCCGCUCCAUCAAGGAGGACUUCCUCGGCUGCUCAGAGGUCGAGUAUCCCAGCAACAAGUAA